UAAAACACAUCUUCUGGCAAUGUGAAAUAUCGUACCAUUUCAAAGUUAGUGCAGAGAAAGAAAGGAAAUAUUUUGUUACUUCCUGAUUCUCAGUCAUGGAAUAUGUAUUCAUUAUGAACUGUUCUUAAAACUGGUUUGAUAUUUAGUGUUAAUUGAUAUUAAGGGAUUUUAACGAGGAAUGAAACUCUUUUGAUUCAAGUCGACUUUGGCGAAAAUCGGAAGCUUAUUCUAUGCGAGUCUGUUUCCUGAAAAAAAUUAUGUGAUAUGAGAAGCUGCCUAAAGAAUUACCGCUAGACUGACGAAUGAGCGCAACACAUUUCAGCAUAUUUAUUCUAAGCAGUCUAAAGAUUAAACAGUGUUCAAUAUCUGAAAAAUAUGAAACAGGUGCUCUUGAUGACUGACCCGAUUGAUUCCGUAUAAAAAUAUGAAAUUCCGUCUACGUGUACUCAUAUUUUACACGACGUUUGUGACUACUUGUCUGGUACUGCAGGCAUUGCAUUUUAUGAUGAUACAGCAGCAUAGUGACAAAUGGUAUAAAGACAACUUUGAAGGCAAUCAUUCGGAAAUCUUACGUCCCGAUACAGAACAGGAAAACAGCCAGAGAACUAUACUAUAUCUUGAAACUAAUGAAUUUAAUAUCUCAACAGAAGUAGAACAAGAACAUAUUAAGAAAAGGAAGAUAAUAUUUUUAUACAAUCUACCUGGAUUUUUGGUUAACACUACACCUACGAAUAGACAGUACAAGAACUGUGAUUAUAAAAAUUGCGUUUAUACACGUGAUAAAAAUAAGUUACUUAAAGCACAUGCUAUCAUAUUUUACGUAGGUAUUAGAUAUGAACGAAUGGGGGUUUCCCCACCAAUUCAACCGUCAUUUCGAAACCAAGAUCAAGUAUGGAUCUUUACAGCCACAGAACCGCCUGAGCAUUAUUAUAACACAGACUAUCUCUUACCGUCGUGGCACAAUACAAUGAACUGGUCUAGUUUUUAUAGGCUGGAUUCAGAUAUCCCGAUUUCAUACGGUGCUUUAAUUAGACAAAACCCAGAUAAAACAAGGCAAGACUAUGUUUCAUUGUAUGACUCAAAAACAAGAAAUGCCGUAUGGUACGUUAGUCAUUGUCAGGUUGCCAGUGAAAGAAGACUUUACGUAAAUGAAAUGAUUAGACAUGGAUUCGAUGUUGAUAUUCUAGGAGGAUGUGGUUCGGAAGGAAAAAGAACAAAAACUAAUUACACAGAAUUUGCGCAAACAGUACCAAAUUAUAAGUUUUAUUUAGCUUUCGAAAACUCGUUUUGUAAUGAUUAUGUUACAGAAAAGUUUUUCAGGAGUUACAACUCAGACAUGAUUAUUAUUGCAAGGGGUGGGGCUGAUUAUAACAGAUUGUUUCCACCAGGAACAUUUGUAAACACUGCCAAUUUUCAAGAUGUGUCUAGUUUAGUAAGAUAUUUGCUUCAUCUUGGAAGCGACAGAGAAAAAUAUAUUGACAUGUUACGCAAGAAAGACAGUUACUAUAGCGUCAAAAAGCCGUUAAACAGAAACUGUGAAAUUUGCAAAAGACUGAACAAUUUAUCGAGCUUUAGAAAAACAUAUGGCGCUAUUGGUGAUUAUCUUAAUGCCGGUCAAUGUAGAAGGCCUAAUGAUUUAUAAAUGAUUAUAAGGUUCAUUUAAAUCGUUGGAUAACAUAUGAAUUUCGUUUUUGUCAGUAUUUACAAAUGUCUCCACAUGACUGUUAUACAAAAUUAGAAAUUCAAUUUUAAUAUGAAAAAUCCGUGCACAUUUCCGUUAAAACGCAGAAAUCUGAUAUCAAGUCGUCGACGUAUUGUUCGCUGUUAUUCAAACGACGAUAAAAGUGCUACUGGAAUCGAUUUAUUUGAUAUAAAAUGCGUUUCAGAAUUGAAAUGAUAUAACGCAAUGUUGUUACACUUAAUGUAAAAAUUCAAUCAUAUUUAUUGACAAUCGAUUUUUAGCUCGACUAUUCAAAGAAUAGUAGAGCUAUUGGACUCGCCCGUGCGUCGGCGUCCGCGUCCGUGUCCCGAUUUGGUUAAGUUUUUGUAUGUAAGCUGGUAUCUCAGUAACCACUUGUUGGAAUGGAUUGAAACUUUACACACUUAUUCACUGUGAUAAACUGACUUAUACUGCACAGGUUCGAUAACUCUAUUUUGCUUUUUUAAAUAUAUAUGCCCCUUAUUCGACUUAGAAAUUUUUUGGUUAACGUUUUGUAUGUAAGCUGGUAUCUCAGUACCCACUGAUGGGAAUGGAUUGAAACUUCGCACACUUGUUCACAGUCAUCAUCUGACAUGCACUAAGUAGGUCCCAUAACUCUACCUUGCAUUUUUGUUUCUCAAAAUUAUGGUCCUUUUUUACUUAGCAGUUUUUGGUUAAGUUUUUGUAUGUAAGCUGGUAUCUCAGUAUCCACUAAGGGGAAUGGAUUGAAAUUUCACACACGUUUUCACUGUCAUGAUCUGACAUGCACUAUCAGGUCCCAUAACUAUAUUUUGCAUUUUUUCCCAAAAUUAUGCCCCUUUUUCGACUUAGAAAAUUUUGGUUAAGGUUUUGUAUGUAAGCUGGUAUCUCAAGACCCACUGAUGGGAAUGGAUUGAAACUUCACACGCUUGUUCACUGUCAUCAUCUGACAUGCACUAUGCAGGUCCCAUAACUCUAGCUUGCAUUUUUUCAAAAUUAUGCCCCUUUUUCGACUUAGGAGUUUUUGUUUAAGUUUUUGUAUGUAAGCUGGUAUCUCAGUACCCACUAAUGGGAAUUGGAUCGAAAUUUCACACACUUGUCCGCUGUAUUGAGCUGAUAAGUACUGUGCAGGUUCCAUAACCCUAUAUUUCUAUUUUUACCAAAUUAUGCCCUUUUUCGACUUUCGUAUUUAUUUAAUUGACAAGGCUGUUGAAUACUGGAGCGUUGCUGUCCUCCGACAGCUUGUUUAAAUAUUACACAUAUUUUAUAUGCUGUUUAAUUUUCAUGUUAAGCAACUCUUUCUGAUGUUCAAAUUUCCAAAGGUCAAAAGUCCAUCAAAACCUUUAUUAUUAUGGCACUUUUUUCAAUUAGAAAUGAGACAGUUUGUUUCAACAUUGUAAUACCUAUGUUUCCGUUUUCAUUGUUAAAUGAAUUUGGUACAUGAAAUGUUUAUAGGAAUUAAGAAAAAUGCAAGAUUAACCUUCCUGUUGCCAUAGUUACUUAAUACUUUUAAUAUUAUAGUAAUAAUAUUACGAUAACAUAAAUUUAUGUGUUUAA